AUGGGUCUACUAUCUUUCAUCGAAGACACAAAGCCAUCAGAAGUUGACGAGAGCACAAGGUGGUCAGAACCUCUGCCUACAGAAAAGAGUUCAGAGCUGCCUCCGGAAGAGAAAAACAAUCAGCGGAGUGAUAGUAAUGGCGUCACCUCUCUUUCGUACGACGAAGUUAACGAUAAUGCAGACGAGCUUAUCGAGCUUCGAGGUGAGGGAAGGUAUUUCGGCGUAAUUGAUCCUGAGCAGGGUGCCACUGUCAACGCACAGCAGGCACUUGGUCCCUUAUGCGAUAACUGCCACAAAAGGGGCCAUAUCAGGUCGAAAUGUAAGACUGUCAUAUGCCACAAAUGUGGUAAAGUUGGUGAUCAUUACGAAACUCAGUGUCCCACAACAAUGAUAUGCGCCAAAUGUGGUCAAAGAGGUCAUAUGGUGUCUGCUUGCAAGAACAAGAGUAGAAAGAGAGAAUAUUGCAGACACUGCGACACAUUCAAUCAUAGCGACUAUACUUGCCCCAGUAUAUGGCGCUCUUACAUAACGCAGCCGUUGCCUGAAGGUGAUAAGAGCGAUCUGCUGUGGAAAAUGUCAGACUUGCCUGUAAUAUACUGCUAUAAUUGUGGUGAUCAUACGCAUUUUGGAGAUGAAUGCCACAGGCAACGUUCAUCGCGUAUACCUAAUAGGAAUGGCAGUGCGUUCAGCGGCACGAACUUGCCCAAGCACCUCCGAAAGUUAUACAGCUGGCUCGCAAAUGAUCUGAAAAAUAAAGGAACUGGUUCUGGGCACCUGGGUAACAGAAAUAUCAACGACUUCAAGAAAAAUCAGCAGGCUCUCAAGUCAUCGCUGAAAGAUUUCAACGGGCCAUCCACUGCUCAGCCAUCCAGGUCCGGCAUCAUCAAGCUGGGCAAGAACAAGGCAAGUCUCCCGCCAAUUCCAACAAAAGCGAAUCGCUCUGGAGUAAUCGCCCCAAAAGGACAAAAGAAACAAUAUCAGUCAUCUCGCAAUGGGAACGGCGUAAUCAAACCUAACAGAUCAGGAACCUUGCCAAAAAACGGUGGUCGCAACCAGAACUUCCAGGCAUUUUAUUAG